CAGCACAAACGCGAACACUGGCAGCCAUGGCAACCGCCAGACGCUAAGCUAGGAAGGAACAUGGCGCGGUACUUGGUGCUAACAUAAAUAGCACGUUAAUUCACUGUGUUUUUUGACCAAUGCCCUACUAGAGUCACUUCAUUACGGAAGCGGUUGGAUGGCUAAGGGAUAAUUUAUGCUUCCUUAGCAUUUUAUUGUCGGUUUGCCCACGCUGGUCCUCCGAGGGUUUUUCCGUCGGUUAGCAUCUUUGCUAUCUGGAAGAUUGAGCUGUUUAUACCUCCAGCACACUUAUGGCUUCCUAUGAGGUGUACUCUCACCCGGCUUUGAUUCGGUACAAAACCAGCGUGUGCACGAAAGCCACGCUGUUCCUGGUUGUGGUUCUGUGCCUCACCUACAUCCCGCCUCUGCUGGUUGCUUACAGGAGCCAAGGUUUUUGGAUAAAAAGGAGCACUUAUGAGGAACAGCCAGUUGUGAGAUUCCAGUACCAGACUCUGCUUGUUGCAGCAACCAGUACUCAGGGAGAAUAUGUCGCCUGGAGCACCUUCCCCCAACUUAACAACAUGCUAGGAGCCAACCUCCGGAUUCCUGCAGUCACUGUGAGAGAAGAGGACCAGAACCAGGAUGGGAAACUGGACCUCCUGGUCUUUCAGCUGCAGCUUCCUCUGAAGCCCAAUGAGCAGGUGUACAGCAUUCAGCUGCUGCUCACCUUCAGCUACCAGCUCUUUCGGAUGUCCACCGUGGUGAUGCAGAGUCUGGCAUACGUGCAGCACUCCUCUUGUGUCCCCGGAGCGAAGCUGUUCAUCAGCGGAGACCUGAGGCUGCAGCAGAGGACGCCUUUGCCUCACAGGGGGCUCUACAAUAUUUAUAAUGAGUCGGUGAUCGACGGCUCCAGCCCCUUUGCGAGUGCGUAUGACCUCGAGAACAUAAUCAGGACCUACCAGGACAGAAACUUGACCACAGUGCUGUCCUGCCCGAUGCCCCUGUGGACUAUAGGACGAGCUGCUGCUGCUCCCUUUGAGCUUAAAGCUGAAAUCCGCUACCCUGUGGAGGUCAUCAGCUAUCGUCCUGGCUUCUGGGAAACCAUCAAAUUUGCCUGGAUUCAAUAUGUCAGCAUCCUCCUCAUCUUCCUCUGGGUCUUUGAACGCAUUCAGACAUUUGUUUUCCAGAACCAGGUUUUGACAACUGUCCCAGUCCCAGUGGGAAAACCCCACAUGUCAUGAUGCAGAGAUAGUGCUUCGACCCCCUUACGCAGGCUGCCCACAAUCUUCUUUGUCCUUGUUCCUCUUUGAACUUCCUGCUGCUGUUGCCUCCUGUUUGUUAACUCAGGUUUACAGUAAGCAGUUAAGUGCUGUCCCAUCAUCAUCCAGAAAACCUGCUUUGGUGAUCUGAAACACAUUCACACAUUAGGACGAGCCAGCAUCCCCGCAACACCAGUACAACCAGCACUAAUUCAUCCAUGUUUGUCACACUGCUGCACAUUAAAUGAUAAAACUGCUUUGAUAUUUGCUAAAGAUCAGAAUCAGUCUGUCUUUAGGUUGGAAACAUUCAAGUUUGCUUCUUUUGUGCAGAGACAACAGUGCAUGUAGCGCUGACUGACCUACGCUGGCACAACUCAACAGCUGCCUCUAUACGAUAAACCACACUGAAGCUGUAGGACUCACAGAUGUCGCGUUAUCUCGAACGUCCACGGGUGUGGCAGUGUUGAAAACAAACUGUCUGUUGUAGUUAUGGCAGUUUAGAGCUAUUUCUCUGAAAAACGUUUAGGAGUUUCUGUAUGAAAUAAAUCCCAUGUGGCAAAUCCUGAAGAUUUUUUUCCUUUUUCUUUACAACUGGAGGAGCGAUGGAGCAACCUCCUCUAAUGGAGCUGCUUAGUUGUUUCUCUGAAAAGUGUAUUAUUUUCUUUCUGUUGCUGUUUUCUAACAACUGUUUAGGAAAUAUGAGAAGAGUUUGUGCUACAGUAUGAGUGUAUGUGGCAGAAUCAGUCUUUUGUGUUGUGGCAUAAUGGAUAACAAAUAUUUUUUUACAGUUUAACUAUGUGUGUCUGCUUUAACCAAAACAAGUGUGUGAUGAUUUAUUUUCCUAAUUUAUUUAUUUAUUGUUUUUUUAGAAAUUAUUCAGACUUUUUUCUGAAGCAGCCUGUUGUGUUUCAUGUUUUGUGGCCUUUUCAGGAAGCCAUAACUCCAACUCACAACAAUAUUCAUCUUAAGGCAUUUUAUGUCAUAGGGUUAACAUGCAAUGAUCUAAUGACCUCCUGUGUGAAAGCACUUUACAACAACCGAGCUGAUGGAGGGCAGCGAGUAACCAGAGGUCAUAAAUGUGCAGUCAUGGCCUCUGAAAUACCAGCAGGAAGCCUGCUUGAGAAGAAGAGAUAGGGUUAAUCGUGAGGUGAAUAACACUUAAUGUCUGAUGUUUUAUCACACCUGCCCUUUAAGCUUUGGUGCUUGAAGGAGGAGGAGGAGGAGGAGUCUGUGUUGCUGGUUUGCCUGAAUGAUGUUUUUGUAGCAGUCCAAGCUCCUCUGUGUUUUUUCCGCUUUUAGUCAUUCAGGGCUUUGCACAAACAGCAGAUGUUUUUAUUCAGCGUGCGUACAACGUGGACAGCCAGCAGACUGUGAGCAGAGUGGGUUAGAAUGGCUGACCUUACUUUCAAGCCUUUUAAUAUGUCACCAAGUUCUCGCUUUAAAUUGCUGUGCAAAAUUCUUGAGACACCCCGCAUUUCUUUAUUUGUUGUUAAGAAAACGGGAAAUAGGGGCAGUGAUUUAUUGAAACAACAUACAAACAUGCAAACAUACAUGGAAAUACAGAUUAUAAGGGAAAACUACAGUCUGUAUAAAUGUAAGUUUGAAAGUCAAUAUUUAGUAUGACAACUUUUUAAACCAAUUAUAUAGAUAGUUUGGCUUCUUGACAGCAUUGAGAGAAUUUCUGAUCAGGCUUCAGUAAACAGUAGAUCAAUUGGAUCAAUUGACCUCUGAUGACUGAUGUCUGUCUUUGAUGGAUCCCCCCCCUAUUUCUUAAGGACAAAAUUUUCAGAUAACCGUUAUGCAUUUGUCCAGUUUCCUUAAAACUUUUAAGGAUACAGGUGCAGAAGUACCGUUUCAUAUCCAUCAAACUGUGUUAUUUUGGGUAUUUUUCAUAGAUUCAACUAAAUAAAGGGCAACAAAUGAUAUUUUCUGAGAUACACUGCUAGUAACAAAAUGCCUAAAAAUACAAUUUAAAAUUGGUUCUUUGCUAAGUUGUCUGUUAUGUGUAAAAACCACACUGAUUUCUACACACACUGGUUUCUACACACUGGAAACCACACUGGUUUCCACACAUCGAGAAACUCAUUUAGGAGCCUUUUUUAUACUUGAAUGAUUUACAGAUCAGUGUUAAGUUGAUUUUAAAAAGCAUUUUCUGAAUGCUUAAGAACACUUUUACACAUUACAAGAAAAUCUGGCUAAUUGGAAACAAAAUAUGCAGAAACAAGGGGUGGCUCGAGACGUGCACAGUACGGUACCCUUCACACUAGCAGGCUGUGCAGUUACUUCAUUUUGACUUUGGGUGGAUAGCCUGUCUCUCUUCCUCCCUGUGACUCACCCUCCAGAGAGAUCUUUUUUAAUGUGUGUGUGUGUUUAUGUGGUUCUCUGCCUGUACCAGAGCAUUAGCUCAUUUAAACCAAUCAGUCAAAGUUUGUGCUGGACGAAACAGUUCAGUAACACCCAAGCAGCUCACCAACUUCACCUCAGAAAGAUUAUGUUUAACCAUUCUGUGGGCACUAAGUUUUAUUUGUUCUCAAGGUCAGAUUAUCUGAACAUAUCAAUAAAGUCUUGGCUCGCUUCCUGUUGAUGUCAUUAUCUUUAUGAUCCAGUAAUGCAUAUACUCUUAUAUAUUGUACAUAUAAUUAUUACUUUCAGAUUUAGCCAUUCUUAUAUUUUUGCUUGUUUUACGUUAUUGUAUUUUUGCACAACUCUGUUGCUUGAGAAGCUCGCACACAAGAAUUUCACUUGCAUGUACUGUACCAGUGUACCUGCACAUGUGACGUGACAAUAAAAGUGAUUUGAUUUG